UAGUAGACAUGAAUAAUCCUUGGAAAACAAUAAUAAAAGGCAGACCUGUUGAUGAGCAUUUUGAACCUUAUAGCUUAGAAAGCGAUGAAUUUAACAAUUUAAGUGAAGAAGAAACUGAAUCAGACAAUAUAAGAUUAGACAGUGAGUUAAAAAGACCCCCAGAAUAUGAAGAAAAUGCUAAAUGCAAGACACCUGACAUAGAGCCAGUACAAGUAAAUACAAUUGACGAAAUAUUUAACACGAGAGCUUUAAGUAAGCAUGCUGAAACGUAUGAAUUGGAGAAAUUUGAAAAGAAGUGUCUGUUAAUAUUUAACCAAGAGAAUAUAUUAGGCUAUAAGCCGAGAUUGGGAACUUCCCAAGAUGUAAAGUCCUUAGAAGAGACUUUUUCAAAAUUUGGAUUUGACGUUGAAGAACAUAAAGACUGUACCAAAGAGGAAUUGUUCCAAGUGUUAAAGACUUUUAGUGACCGGGACUUUACAGAUUAUGGUUGUGUAGCAAUAGCAGUAUUGACACAUGGAACAAAAGAUGGCCGGCUUAGAGCGAAGGACCAGCAGUACUCAGAAUUCGAUAUCAUAGAGGCAUUCAAAACGCAUGACAAACCCACGCUUGUCACCAAACCUAAGCUUCUUGUUAUUCAGGCUUGUCGAGGCACAAAAGAAAUAAAAGGUGUCGUUGUAGGACGCAGUGCUAAAAUACGUAAAGAUGUGGACGAGGACUUCGAAGCUUAUACAAUUCCGGUGGAGUCAGAUAUGUUGGUGCUGCACAGUUCUUAUAUGGGCAACCCAUCUCACAGAGAUGAGGUGCAAGGCUCGUGGUUGAUUCAAACAAUGUGUAAAAAAAUAAAUGAGCUCUCAUCGACGCACGAUUUGGAGUCAAUAAUAACUGAAGUAAAGAGAGAAGUAGCUAUCGACAGAUACCACGAGGAAUACAACCGACGUACCCUGGAGAUGGACACCAAUAAACAAAUACCAGUAGUUACUUCGACGUUAAUUAGAAAGUUAUAUUUAAGGAAAUAUGAGGAGUCUCACAUUAGUUUUAGCGAUCGAACAGAAACAGAAGUUGCCGAGGAGAACUCCAGUUCACCGCUUUUAGUGCAAUUUGGUCCUUGUUCGUGCUUUCUGAACUACUUUGAUUACAUAAAGAAUUGUUUACGACUAUUUCUUGAAGAAAACCCUGAUGACAAAACAGCUCAAUCAUUCCUGGACGUUUCAGAAACAUUCGAAGAUGGAGAAGAAUUCAACACGGCUAAGGAUCGGAUGACGAAAGCCAUCACCUGUCAUUUAGCCGAAAAUGCGCGCCAUUUUGAAUUUUAUAAAUAUCUGUAUUUUUACAAACAGCGACUGAACGAUAAAUAAACAGUGAAUUGAAA